AUGGGACAAUCGCAUUCCUCGCCGCCGCCGAGAGAGAUCCCAGUCGAGCAAUUGAGCCAUGAGUUGGCCCUCCGCUUUGCCUCCAAAUGCUACACCCAUCUGGAGAUAGCGCACUACAAGGACAACUUCAAGACCUUGGCAGAUCACCAGGAAGACGUCGAGUACUGGAAAGAAGACACGUUAUGCGGCUUCCUCGCCCUGCCGGAGCCUCUCAAGGCUGGUCCCGUGUUGUAUCACAUGUGUACAUAUCUUGGGGCGUUUCCAUUCCCCAGUCUAGCGCCGUGCAUAUUGACCAGAGAGGCCAUGCUAAAGGUCAUCACUAUCAUGACGGGUAGGUACAAGAAGGUCCUGAGACGAGGCGACCAGGACAAGAUCAAACUGUUGUUUCGCAGCCUGGCCGUUUUCGACCGGCGCCACAGCGUGACCUCGCCGAAGGAGAGGCCGGACAUGGACGAGAUUGUGAUAGAGCAGCUUCCCGAGGACAUGUUGAGGGAGCGCGAAGUCGAGCGGGGUGUGAGCUCCCACGUGGCCGGGUUUGCCAUUGACGAGCCUGUGAAUGACGACGAGGAGGAAGACGACGACGACCUUGCGCUGGCUGCGCUCGACUCGCUCGACGCCAUCGAAGUGUUCAAGCAUGACCAGAAGACCAACCGCAAAAUCAACCACGCGAUGAUCCCUGUGGAGAACCUCAAGAAACUCAUCACUCUCUUGCUGCUCGUCGCCGGCGUCACACCCUUGACCACACUGGCCACCUACGGCGAACGCCUGGACGCAGAGCGUCUGCAGGCCCUAAACACGUCAGCGGAUGCCAUCGUGGCGGCCUUCGACCCAGAGCCUCAGAGCAGAGGAAUCCGGUACUCCAACUUCGUCAAGACCGUCACCACGACCUUACCCGAUCUAUUCGAGCCUCUCAAUGCCCUGUUCGAGCAUUUCCUGUUCAGCAAGAACUUCAACCUUAACAAACACCGUGACCCCGCGCCAGCCGCCGGUGACACGGUCGAGGCUAUACCAUCAUCACCCAUCUACAAGUCCCCCGAAGACACCACCUUCAGCACCAUCUUCACCGACACCCUCCUCGCCCAGUUGUCCAUGUCCCUCCAAGUAUCCACGUCUGUCUCGUCGAGCUCCUCCCUCAAGAACAUCUUCGCCUCCAACGCCCGCUUCAACCAGCUCUACUCGACCUCGUCCCACGGCACGUCCUUGUCCUCCUUCUCCCGCCAAGUCCACUCGUGGCAGUCUUCGACGCUGGUCCUGAUAUCCGGCACGCUUCCCGACACAAACAACCCCAUCAUCAUCGGGGCAUACCUCCCCGAACCGUGGCGCGAGAAGCCAGCACCCCCGUCAUCCUCUUCCACCUCUAGCGACAGCCCGUCCAAGGCGUCCUGCCUCUUCCAGCUCCUGCCGCGGCACUGCGUCUUCCUCGCGAAUCAGUACAACCGCAGCAUCCCCUUUUCAUAUUUCAACGCGAAAACGGGCAUCGCGCUAGGCUGCGUCAUCCCGCCACAGCAGUCUCGGACGGGCCCGCCCCUGCCGCCGAUCCUGGGACCGGUCAGCGUCCUGAUCGACAGCGACAUGUCGACGUGCACGUUCCAGCACGACGGGGACGGCGGGGCCGGGGCGUUCAUGACGGACCCGGGCCUGGAGACGGCGCAGAAACACCAUCCCGAAACCACGCAGCCCAAGAGGGCCGAGUUUGACCUCGACACGCUCGAGGUGUGGGGGAUCUCGUUCCCGCUGGCCCGCACGGGCUCGCUCUCGGACAACGCGGGGGAAGACGACGAGGUGGCCAAGCAGAGGAAACGGCUCGCGUGGGAGGAGGCCGAAGCCGCGCGCCGCAGGGGGGUCAACUUUGGAGGGGACAAGGACGGCGCGAGGGCCCUGUUGGAGAUGGCCGGCCUGGUCGGGGACAAGGCUGGGAACAGGAGCGGCGGAUCUGUGUAA